AUGUUUCUUGCGACCCACGUGCCCUUACCGCUCCCUUCGGCAACAACAUCUCUCUCGGAAUCCGACGUAUCGCCAGUAACGACAGCCGCUCUUGCCAAUUUCGACGCUAUACUACGUCGCGCACUAGGCGGGUCGCCGUUCGGGGGAAGUACGGGUUCGUCACCAGAAUCAUCCUCAGACAACCUGUUUGCCAUUGCUAUGCUACUCAUAUUCUUCCUUGGCUUCUUCCUGGUCUGCUUGGCGGUCAAGCUUGUCCUUGGGAUCUGUCUCCUCACGUUUGCGCGCAAACGCUACAAGGGUAUGAAGGAGCGUGCGGGAAUGAACUUUAUGACUGGGGCGAGGAAGGUUGGUGGUUUUGGACUUAUCGAUGUUUCGGAUGAUCAGAAGAAGUGGAUCUAUGCGGAUGACCCGGCGGGCGAGAGGGCGAUGAAGGAGAGAGAGAGUCGACCGCUACCUAGGGAGAUCAACCUAGAUGAUGUGAAGAGGUAUAGUAUGGCUGCUAAGAGGAUAUGGUAG